AUGGUGGCACACUCGUUUCGCCUCGUUAGCGUUGAAGGAAAUUCCCGACGAUUCAACCUUCAACUUCGCGAAGGUGAACGAUCUCCUGUUGAUCCUCCAAUGUGGCUGGAUGCAAGUGCUGACGGUGGAGAAUACUUCUAUGUCAUCCACGAUGGAGUUGGAAGAGUCCGCAGCUGCUGGUCAAACAUAGGAGUUGUACCAAAGAAUGUAAUUCCUGAUGAAUCGUUCUCUGGUGUAUUCUACGAGCUGGAUAAAAGUUUCAUGAACACUGCCUUAUUGCUGCAUCCACGGAAUUUGCAGCUUUUGAUGGUAGCGCUUAGAAUGUUUGAUUUUUUUCAAGAAGUUCCGGAUGAAAGUUCUGAUGAAGAGGACAAUGAAAACCCUCCACCUGCGCCUGUUCCUGCUCCUGGAAGUUCCUCUCAGGUGCUUGUCCAGGCCGUUCAACCAUCAGAGUUGCUGCGUGAACAGAAAUAUUUGGCGGCAGAAAUUGAAGCAACCAAAUACAGGUUGGAAAAACUUCAGGCUCGCUAUGUCCAAGUUCAACAUUCUCUUCAAGGAACCCGCCCGACAAAUGAAGCUGGAUGCUCAAGGAAUGUAAGAACCCGCCCGACAGACGAAGCUGGAUGCUCAAGGAAUGUAAGAUGUUAUCGGUCUCGGCGGUCUUCUUAG